AUGAUGGAACAAAAAAAUAAGUCAUUCUCUAUUAUAAAAACUUCUAUUUUUAUCGUUUUAUCUUGGAUAUGUUAUUUUUACAGUGAUUUGAGUUCGUUAAGUAAGUUUGUAGGAGUGUACAAACUUAUGAGAAAAUUAGAUUUAAGCAGUGGUAGAUUGCUAGAAGAAUGUAGUCAAUAUAAGGACUUAAAUGCUGCAAACUUAAGAGAAAUGAUACAUGAAAACAAUGAGAACGAAGAAAAAAUUAUAACAAACUAUGAUAAAUGGGACAAAAGAACAAAUAAAAAAUUAAGUAAAAGUUCGUUAUAUAAGGAGGAAUUUAAUAAACAAUAUAUAAGACAAAGAAUAUUGAAAUAUAGAGGAAAAUACUUAACUCUAUUUGAAAGAAAGUUAUUCAAACAUCUAGAUUAUAUAGAUUUUAUUAAAAAAAAACCGUCAAUUAGUAAUAAGUCUUGUAUAAAGAUAUUACUUAAAGAGUACGGAUUACUAUUUUUUUUACCUGCUAUAUUGCUCUCCUGGGGUUCAAUGAUAGAUAUAGCGAAUUAUCUAAAAUUGAGUUCAGAAUUAGCUAAUGAAUAUGAAAUAUUAUUUUCUGUUAUAAUCUCUAUAUUUCUUACCGUAUUCGCGGUAGGAGUUAUUUAUAUCCUUGUAAAAAUUAGAAAACACAGAAAAAUUAUGAAGAGGAAACGAUAA